GUGGCACGAGGAGUCGAGCCGUCGCGCAACUUCACGUGUCACACAGCGCACACGUCGACGAACGUCGCGGAGCAAGAGGUAUUCCGGCUUGCAGCCGUGCAUCAUCGUAGACGUUCGAGAACAUCGGACACGUUCGGACGUGCGCAUACGGUGCGUAUGUGAACACGAGGAAACGCACUUUUAAACACAUUGUUGAAGGUACCUUUAAUCUGAGGGAAUUCGCUGAACGACGACGAUGGCACCAAAACAGAGAAUGCGCAUCGCCAACGAGAAGGCGACGAAGAACAUCACGCUACGUGGAAACGUUCCCAAGUCGUCGAAAUCACAAGAAGAAGGAUCUUCAGUUGGACCUUGGCUUCUAGCUCUGUUUCUCUUCUUAGUUUGUGGAUCUGCUGUAUUUCAAAUCAUCCAAAGUAUCAGGAUGGCUUGAAGAUGAUAAGGAAAAAAGAUACCACUGUUAAUCUUAACACAAACCAUUUACAACUCAUGAAUAUGUGGGAGAGACUGACAGACCAUUUUGAUAUAGAUUGUAAAAAGGAAGAAAGAUAUUACAGGAAUUGGAACAUCACUGUAACGAUAACAUCUGGAUAAUAGUUGGAAAACUAUUUUUCUUUUUGCAAAAAAGCUCAAAGAUUUAUUUAUACCACUUAUAUAUUUAUAAAUGCAUUUAUAAGCGUUUAACUCAAUUGUGCUACACAUAGACGAAAGAAGUACUCAUACAUAUGGCUUCAAAAAAAAAAAGAAACUUAAAACUAAGAAAACAAAACUAUAAAUAAUCAAUCUUAUUUCUAAUUUUCAGUCACGGUCAGAUUGUUUUGAUCAAGUUUCUGUUAAUACAAUUUUCUAUAUUGCUUUUUUUUUAGAUAUAUUCUUUCGUCCAUGGGUAAAUAAUAUAGUAAAUAAUUGUAUAUACACAAACAAUUUAUUGUAUGGAUUUCUCCUCAAGCAGGCUUGUCUAACUGACGACACAGGAGGUCGUCUCUAUCUAGUUAGACAGACCUAAAGCAUUCCACUGUAAGCAGUUGGUAGCUUCCUGUUAUCCAUAUGUUAUAAUGGCCUUUGUAUAAUGCUUAUGUAUUAUGAAUGAAGAGGAGAGAUAGGUCAUUUUUUUUAUACUUAUAAAAAUAUAUAUUAUACAUAAUAUUAAGGAUGAGUUAUCCAUAUUGAGCAUUUGCUAUUGGUAAUGCAUUGUCUCUUUUAACAAAGUAUAAUAAAUACAUAUAUUUAUGUGUAUAUAUUUUAAGUAACAAUAUAUACAUAUGAAUAUAUAUAUCUAGAUUGUUUUA